AAAACAUUUAUUGUAAUGCAACGUAUCAUAUAAACUCACCUUGCAGAUAGAUUCAUUUUGAACUAAUCUUUAAAAAAAAAAUUGAAAUAUCAUGACUUUUUCUCCUAGGAUAACACCAAAAAAGAACAGCACUAAAUUUUACAAUUCUUUAUACCAACAUUCAAUAAAAGUUACCUGCCCAAGGGAUUCUUAGUUAAUCAAGUAAUAAAUUAUUUGGUUCUUUUAAUCUUCUGUAGUGUACCUAUUGCUUGUCUCACAACAGGAGAUUAUCCCAGACUGCAUGAUAAGAUCUUGUCUGCUUUAUAUUUAGAAACUCAUAACAAGAGAUCAACCAAUGAAAAUAAAGUCUGUGAACUACUUCUGGGGGCUGUAAUUGUACCCCAAAAAGUAAUCCUGGACUUUUUUCUGUUUAAUAUCAGGGUUAACUUCAAAAAUAAUAAGUAUGUAAGUGGAAUAAAAUCAACCUGUGGUACAAAAAUAUUUUUAACAUCCCAGAUGUAUCCUCCAAUAGCUGACUGUAAAUGACACAUUUGCCCAAGAAUAUAUCUAAAUUUCAAAUCUACAUAGGAAGUUCUUUGUUUGAGAGCAGGAUGGAGUUAUUUUACUGUGUUUACAUGCAGCUUGGAAGUUAUCAAUAACUAAAAGAAUACACCAGGAGUAUAUAAACAGCAUACAGUAUGAAUGAAUGAAUGGAGAUAAUUCAGUUUAGUGACCCAAUGUAUUGUGUUCAGAGAAGGCUCCAUCCAAGUUCCAACAAUUCAAAGAUAUGUUAAUGCAGUGAGGCAAAUGAUGGCUUUGUGGCGGUUAAUGAAAACUACAUGGUAUUUUAAACUGAUGGUGGCGAAGAGUGACAGAAAAUUUCUCAACCAAUAGUUACAUUUAGUUGAAAGUGAUGGUAUAAUCUUAUACCGACUAUACUGAAUUAUAACAAACAGUGGAAAACAUUGAUAUACUACAAUGACAGUGGAUCUCUAUAGAAACUGGUGACAUUUUAGCUCCAUAUUGUUUGUUCUAUUUUCUGUCACCUAGUUAAGAAAUGUCAAAAUUCAUAAGCAGUUUUGUUAUACUACAGACUAUUAUGAAAUUAUAAAUUAAGAUCUGACAUGCAUAAGUGUUUCUGAUUUUCAUUUCAGUCCAGUUCUGUCACCAACAAGUUUCCAUGGUAUUUCCACGGAUUUCCGCAGUUACUUGCCAUGGCAAGCCGUCUGAAUACUCCACGGAUUGCCAUGGCAUUUCGCUGGUUUCCACGGUUAUCUGUGGUGUACCAUGGAUAGCCAUGGAUUUCCAUGGAAAGCCAUGGAUUUCCAAAGAACCCUGUGGCAUUCCAUUGAAUUAAUGCAGUGAGGCAAAUGAUGGCUUUGUGGCGGUUAAUGAAAACUACAUGGUAUUUUAAACUGAUGGUGGCGAAGAGUGACAGAAAAUUUCUCAACCAAUAGUUACAUUUAGUUGAAAGUGAUGGUAUAAUCUUAUACCGACUAUACUGAAUUAUAACAAACAGUGGAAAACAUUGAUAUACUACAAUGACAGUGGAUCUCUAUAGAAACUGAUCUGGUGCAGCUGUUCUGUGCAUGCCCGGAAUGAUUAUCAAUUGGAGCGCACGGCAAAAUUACGCAUUUUUUUGCACGCAUUUAGUGUAUCAUAUGCAUAAUAUACUGACUAAAGGUUAUGAGAAAUAGAGUUCAACAUGUUUGCACCGUGCAAGGAAAGAAGGGUUAUAGCGUACCGAUCUAAAUAUGGCGCUGACUUUGUCGUUAUUUACAAGUGUGGGAACUGCCAGCGCUUUUUUCCAUCUUUGCAAACUAUUCACACACACUUUAAGGCCUGCGAUGAAGCUUUAAAUCCUCCAGCAUGCCCAGUUCAGUCUGUGUUACAAGAUUCUGCAGUUGAAACCACAGCAGAACCAUUAAAGGUAAACAUACCUCUGACAGAAUAUAAUUCUAAUGAAACAACAACAAAAUCAAUAGAUGCAAAUCGAACGCAUUCAAAUGAAAGCCAGUGUCAACAGGAAGACCCUUCCAUGGAAACAACUGGUACAGGACAGUCAAAGGGAAACCAGCUCCAACUGGAAAAUUCGUCUGCGGAAGUAGAAUUUAAAUCAAUUAGUGCUCUUAACGGAAACCCAGACAGCCCUUCUGAUGAAAUCACAAUCACAGGUUUAAAAAGUUUUUGCAGAGAUCAGAAUGAUCAAGAAGAAGACAUUUUAGUAAAUAAACAUGCAGAUUCAGAAGAAAAUUCAGAUACCUUUACAAGCAUAAAUGAUGUGAAGAAUAAACAAUUUGACAAUCAGUACAUCUCUGGUACAGGUUUCAGUGGAGAGUUUGACUAUGGAACUGUUUCUGAAGAAGACGACAAAGACAUAAUGGAUAUUGAUGAUUCAAAUGAUGAAGUCAGUGCAUUUUAUAAUUCAGAUAGUAGACUAAAUAGUAAAAAUUCAGAUGUGCAGUUUUCAUAUGCAUCACCUAAUAACUCAUUAUUAGGGUUGUCUGGGAAUCGAAAGCGGAAGUAUUUGGAUGAACAGAGAUGCAGUACUAGCUUUUCACCACCUGUCCCGAUCGCAGUUACCAUGGUUAACACCCAAAGUUCUGAAAAGUUCCCCAAAAAAGAUAACAAAAAAAUCGAUUUUGAACGUGAUGUGGAAGAGAAUGCAACCAAGGUUAUUGUGUUAGAACAAGAAUUAUUGAGAAAAGAAAUAACUGACCAAGAUCCUUGUACAUCAGAUUUGCCAUUCAGACAGUCUACCAUUGAAAACGUUAAUAAAAAUCAAACAAACUGUGUUGAGUGCUUUUUUGAAGAAGAUGAAACAAAAGCAGAUAUAAAUGACAUACCAAUAAAGCAGAGUGCUGAAACAGUUUCUAAAAAUAUUGAAAAUGCCAGUACUUGUGUGACCAAUGAAAUGACAGUAACUCCCUUAAAAUCUGGCUUGAAUGUCUCUGACUGCAAUGGCAGGGAUUUAAGAGUUAGUAGUGCUGGAAUUGAAAAUAUUGGCAUUGAAGUUCUGGAUCCGUCCAGUUCUAUCUUGCAUAUUAAGUGUGAAGAAACAGGAAAUUGGGCAGCAUCAGACGACAUCUUGUCAACAAACACAGGAAAGAAAGUGAUUUCAAACAGUGAGUUCAGUUGUGAUGAAGGAAAGAAAAAACUUCCUUUAGAAAGGUUUGUUGUAACAUUUUCUGAGAAAAGUACUAAAGAAAUGAAUGUCAAAACAGAUGAACAACCAAUGAGGCAUCAGACUAAAGCAUGUAACAAUGAAAAGAAGUCGAAAAACAAAACUGAUGUGGUAAGGCAGAACAAGCCUCGAGUAUUGAUCACUUACAAUGACAAAGAAAGUAUAGACCUUAAUCUAGAAUGCAGUGAUAAUGAUACUUGGCUUGAGAAUGAUCAGUUACCUACAACAUUUGAGGUUUCUGAUGAACAACAUAGUGUAGAAGAAUGUACAGGGAUAACUUCUGGAAGUCAAUUAGAGUUAAGAAAAAGAAAUAGCAGUCGUUAUCCACUUAACAAAGAUGCUUCUGAUACAUUUCAGUGCAAGUUAAAGCGUCUCUCUGUAUCUGUCGAACGACAUGAUUUAGCUUCAUUCGUGAAACAGAAUAGUGAAGAGUCUCCUUAUGCAACAGAAAAUAAAUUUUGUUUGAGUGAAAAUAUUGAUCAGUUUCAUAAAUGCAUUGGUUUGGAAGAACAAAAUGAACCAUAUAUGGGAAUAAGCCAACAUGUCAUUGCCAGUAAAGAAACAAUUACACAGUCAAUUUCAGAUGUUCAAAGAAAAGGUAACAAAUUUAAAUAUCACAGUGCUGAAAUACAUAAUGACAGUUUGAAUGAUGAAGACCCACGUAGAUGUACUAGAGGAAACACCUUUAGUGAAGAUGAUAAGUCGGAUGUAUAUCGUAGUAAUGAAAUCAAGAUUAAGGUAGAUACUACACCUGCAAGUUGUAGUGAAGAAAGUGAAAAUGAUGAAACAUGCUCUCAUAAAGGCUCUGUUGUGGAAGAUUUAUUAAAAGAAAGCACUACAGAUGAAGACAGCAAAUUGAUUAAAGACUGUAAAUAUUGCCAGAAAUGUGACACACAUUUCAGAACAAUGAGUUGUUACAUUAAUCAUUUGAUAUUAUUCCAUCAUCCUGCUUAUACCAGAAAAGACUUGACAUGGUGUCCAUGCUGUUCUCGCGAAUUGUAUAGUAGUUACUUUAACAGCCGGCUAAAAAGACACUUAAUUUUUGUGCACCAACUUGAUGAAAUGAAAUGCCUUAGAUGUGAACUGAAAUUUGAUACAUACAUCGAAUUGCGCAAACAUGUAAAUGUUUGCCGAGCAAAGUUUCGAAAACCUGCACCUGAAAGGGUACAGUGCAAAAAAUGUAAAGUUUUUCAUGUUUACAAACCGUCAAAAAACUCAGGCGAUGUGUUCAGAGACAUUGUCCAGACACUACCAGAUGACGAAGAAGUAGAUGUAUUAAAGAAAAAGAAUGAAAAGCUUGAAAGAAGUGUAGCAAGACAUAAUCAGAGUGUUAAUAUUCAGUGCAGACUCUGUAAGACUGAGUUUAAAAAUAGAAAAUGUGCUUUGAAUCAUGCAAUCAGUGCUCACAUGAAAGACACUUUGAAGACCAAAUGCAGUCUUUUCAGUAAAAAAAUUUCCACACGUCAUGUAUGCUGUCUAUGCAAUACAAAGCACAAGAUUAAAUUGUCACGAACGAAGAGGAAAUUGCGAAAAUUUUUUGUCGAAAAAAGAAAAAGUUCUUCAGAAGAGUUAAACUCAGUUGAUAAGAUGGUACUGGCCAUGAUUCGAAAUGGUCUGAUUAAGUACUUUGGUUAUAAGAAUGCAGAACAAGUUCUUUGUAGAAGGCAAGGAAGUCAUUUAUGUAAGGAAUGUAACAUUCAUGUUGGAGCAUUUCUAUGUGCUUUAAAUCAUAUGAUUGUUACUCAUUUCAGCCGUGUCUGUAUUGACAAUGCAACAAAAUCUCAAUUUUUUCAUAGAAAAGAAAUGAAGUGUACGAAAUGUCCCAACAACAAUCAUUUUUUCACAGUAUCUGACUUAGAUAGACUUAAGCAUUGUUUGGCCUCGGAAUCUGAUUAUAGAACUGAAUAUGCAGAAUAUGAUGACAGUACUGGUUGUGCAGAAUCUGAUGGCAGUACUGAUUGUGAGGACGAAUCAUCCAAAGAAGAUCGGUCAUCCCCUGCAUGUAACGAUUCUUUGGUCACCAAGAAACUACAAGAAAUAUUAGUCUGUGACACAUGGAAAAUUUCAUAUGAAUAUGACUGUAAAACAAAUGUUAAUGUUGUUGCUGCAAAAACAAAAGAAGAAAUAACCAAAGACAUGGAAUACCGAGUAGCAUAUGUAAAUGGAAACUUUGUAUGUCGCUUAUGCCAUUCAAAAUACAGUCAAUAUUCUUGCUGUAAAAGCCAUGUGUUUACGCAACAUUCAAUUUUUUUCACUUAUCCUCUUGGCUCAGAAGUGUUUACAUGCCCAGAAUGUAUGUUGAAUUUUUAUUCUUUACAUCUCAUUGAUGUUCAUCUUGAACAACACCACAACAUUUAUAAAUUCACAUGCAUAAAAUGUGACAAAAGAUUCAAUACAUACUAUGAGUAUCGUAGACAUGUUAAGCAUGGCAAAAGUUAUAUACAGACAAACUUUAAUGAAAAAGUGUCUUGUAAAGAGUGUAGACUCAUUCACAGUUGUACAGUGCAAAAUGGGGAGGAGGAAGUGAUUACUUCUUUAUCAUCUGAAAACGAAACUGUCCUCAAGAAUGUACGAACAGACCCAACAGUAUCUGUGGGCGACAGUAAACUUGGCUUUGAAAUAUCAGGCCUUUCAAAACAAGGAAGAGAUAGUUACUCAGACAUUGCCUUUGAUGGUCAACAGUUUGUUUGUUUAGUAUGUCUGAAACAGUUUGAGGAAUUAAGAUGUUGUUUCACACAUGUUGUAAUGUUGCACUACAAAAUCGCUGAACUAAUAUGCAAUAUAUGUCAGGAAACCAGCCGUCAAAAAUUGAAACACAUUUCUCACUUGAAGAAUAAUCACGGACUUGACGCUCACUACUGCCGUUUCUGCUACACAGGAUUUGAAGAUAUCGUUUUACGAGAUAAUCACAUGGAACGUUGCCAAAGUCAGACAAACAAAGUACAAAAUGUACCAGAUAAUGUCAAUGAGAAUCUGUGUCUCAAAUGUUACAGUGUCCAUAUACACAUGUCAGAAGGUGAUAUAAAAUCUUCAUGUGAUGAAUGCGAAUUAGGGUUUUCAGGUAUUGAAUGUGCUAAGAAUCACUUUUAUCAAAAUCAUUUUCCAAAAUGGGCCAUUCUAGCUUCUACUGUAAAUGUAUUCAGGUGUCCCUGUGGAAAAGAAGUUUUAACAAAAUCUGAAUUGAAUUUGCAUAUGAAAAAUGACCACAGUUUAAAACAAGACGGAAUAGAUCAAGGUGAAACAGUAUUAUCAGGUAGUGAUGAAAAAUCAGGAAAUUCUGUCAGUGAUAUUUAUUUCAAAAGGAAGGAAAACAAAUGUAUAGAAUGUGAACAAGUUCAUAUCAUAGCCUCGAAUAUUGGACAAAUAAAGAAGAGGAAAAAGAGGAAAGGAAUGGCAUCGUGUAGAACUUGUCAGAAACAAUUUUUUAGUCCUACAUGUUUGCAGAACCAUGUACUUACUGCUCAUACAAGUAUAUUCCAGCCACGACAAUGUGUCGGAUGUGACUUUCACUUUGCAGGGUCGGAGAUACUUAAACGGCAUCAAAAUGUAGACCUUACACAACACAAAGGGAAUGUGCAAGUAAAUGAUAUGGUUGUUUCCGAAACUUGUCGCAGAAAUGCUGCCCUUAAAGAAUGCAGUGAAUGUGAAGAAAUACAUCAGCAUCAGUUCUUGACAGAAGAAAAGCACAUUAAGACAGCAAAAUCUCCAAAAGCAAUCAGAGAGGAAAGGCAUAAAUAUGAAGAUGAUCAGAGGAAUUUAUAUAAAUGUCCCAUUAAGUCUUGCCGUUCUGUUUUUACAAGUCGCGAAGACGCGAAAGUGCAUCGUGCGUCUUUCCACGGAAAGAUGAAAGACAAAAAAGGAGUAUUAUGUAAGAUUUGCAAUAAGGAAACUGACAAAAGCAUGUUUUACUCCGAACAUUUGAAGCAAAUGCAUUGCAACUUUACAUUAGUUGAAGGGGAAAUGCUGGAUGAUUUUAAAAGGAAUUUUUCAUGUGUUUAUUGUGAAAAGACCUUUUCAUUUGCCUUGGAUGUACAGAUGCACCUUCGCUCAAAGCAUUUUGAAAAACAGCUUGUUGCCAGGAAACAUUACAAGCCUGAGCUGGAGGGAACCUUAGUAAGAGGAGUUCGCACCCUCCAUUGUCCAAUUUGUUUGAAAAUUGAUAACAGUUAUGUUCCAGAACAUAUGAAAAGAAUCCACUUUGAUGGUAUUUUAGGAAAAGAAAAGUCAAAAGAAGCCAUUUGUGACAUUUGCGGUAAGGUUUUUCAGACUAAGCUGCAUUUGAACGACCAUAAAGCUUCCCAUGCUGGCAUUCGAAAACAUAAAUGUACAAUUUGUGAAAAGUCUUUCACAUUUUUGUUCAAUCUAAAGACACAUUCUCUCGUGCAUAAAGAGAAAAGGGAAAAGUGCUCAGUAUGCGGGAUGAAAUUUACAUUACCCCAUCAUGUUAGAGCUCAUAUUCAAAGAAAACACCCAAAUCAUGUAUAAAUGACGUACUUGUGUAUAUUUCAAUGGAUCUGUGUUGCAUAUGAGAUUAUCAGCCACUAUGUAAUAUGAUAUUGAUUGAUGAUGCAUUUAUGUCCCUUCUUUGUUUUCUCAGUAUGCUAUACAGGUCCAAGAAAUGAAUUUUAGAGAAACUGUAUUUUUUAUCUUUUUAAUAUAAUGUGGGAUAUUGCUUGAUUUAUGAAUUUUUAUAAUACAGUGUAUAUAGGAUACAACUUCUUGUCUGAAUUUUUAGCUCACCUGUCACAAAGUGACAAGGUGAGCUUUUGUGAUCGUGCGGUGUCCGUCGUCCGUCCGUCCGUCCGUGUCCGUGCGUGCGUGCGUCCGUAAACUUUUGCUUGUGACCACUCUAGAUGUCACAUUUUUCAUGGGAUCUUUAUGAAAGUUGGUCAGAAUGUUCAUCUUGAUGAUAUCUAGGUCAAGUUCGAAACUGGGUCACGUGCCAUCAAAAACUAGGUCAGUAGGUCUAAAAAUAGAAAAACCUUGUGACCUCUCUAGAGGCCAUAUAUUUUACAAGAUCUUCAUGAAAAUUGGUCAGAAUGUUCACCUUGGUGAUAUCUAGGUCAAGUUCGAAACUGGGUCACGUGCCAUCAAAAACUAGGUCAGUAGGUCUAAAAAUAGAAAAACCUUGUGACCUCUCUAGAGGCCAUAUAUUUCACAAGAUCUUCAUGAAAAUUGGUCAGAAUGUUCACCUUGAUGAUAUCUAGGUCAAGUUCGAAACUGGGUCACGUGCCCUCAAAAACUAGGUCAGUAGGUCAAAUAAUAGAAAAACCUUGUGACCUCUCUAAAGGCCAUAUUUUUCAUGGGAUCUGUAUGAAAGUUGGUCUGAAUGUUCAUCUUGAUGAUAUAUAGGUCAAGUUCGAAACUGGGUUACGUGCGAUAAACAACUAGGUCAGUAGGUCUAAAAAUAGAAAAACCUUGUGACCUCUCUAGAGGCCAUAUAUUUCGUGAGAUCUUCAUGAAAAUUGGUCAGAAUGUUCACCUUGAUGAUAUCUAGGUCAGGUUCGAAAGUGGGUCACGUGCCUUCCAAAUCUAGAUCAGUAGGUCAAAUAACAGAAAAACCUUGUGACCUCUCUAGAGGCCAUAUUUUUCAUGGGAUCUGUAUGAAAGUUGGUCUGAAUGUUCAUCUUGAUGAUAUCUAGGUCAAGUUUGAAAGUGGGUCAUAUGCCGUCAAAAACUAGGUCAGUAGGUCAAAUAAUAGAAAAACCUUGUGACCUCUCUAAAGGCCAUAUUUUGCAUGGGAUCUGUAUGAAAAUUGGUCUGAAUGUUCAUCUUGAUGAUAUCUAGUUCAAGUUCGAAACAGGGUCAUGUGCGGUCAAAAACUAGGUCAGUAGGUCUAAAAAUAGAAAAACCGUGUGACCUCUCUAGAGGCCAUACUUGUGAAUGGAUCUCUAUAAAAAUUGGUCAGAAUGUUCACCUUGAUGAUAACUAGGUCAAAUUUGAAACUGGGUCACGUGCCUUAAAAAACUAGGUCAGUAGGUCAAAUAAUAAAAAAACCUUGUGACCUCUCUAGAGGCCAUACCGUUCAUGGGAUCUGUAUGAAAGUUGGUCUGAAUGUUCAUCUUGAUGAUAUCUAGUUCAGUUUUGAAACUGGGUCAACUGCGAUCAAAAACUAGGUCAGUAGGUCUAAAAUUAUUAAAAUCUUUUGACCUCUCUGGAGGCCAUAUUUUUCAAUGGAUCUUCAUGAAAAUUGAUCUGAAUGUUCACCUUGAUGAUAUCUAGGUCAGUUUUGAAACUGGGUUAUGUGCAGUCAAAAACUAGGCCAGUAGGUAUAAAAAUAGAAAAACCUUGUGACCUCUCUAGAGGCCAUAUUUUUCAUGAGAUCUUCAUGAAAAUUAGUGAGAAUGUUCACCUUGAUGGUAUCUAGGUAAAGUUUAAAACAGGAACACGUACCUUUGAAAACAAGGUCAAUAGGUCAAAUAAUAGAAAAACCUUGUGACCUCUCUAGAGACCAUAUUUUUCAGUGGAUCUUUAUGAAAAUUGGUCAGAAUUUUUAUCUUGAUAAUAUCUAGGUCAAGUUCAAGACUGGGUCACAUGAGCUCAAAAACUAGGUCACUGUGUCAGAUAAUAGAAAAAAUGACGUCAUACUCAAAACUGGUCAUAUGGGAAGAGGUGAGCGAUUCAGGACCAUCAUGGUCCUCUUGUUAUAAUAUGUAGGUCAAUUGUUUGAAUUUUUAGCUCGACUAUUCGAAUUCACACAAAUGUUAAAGUUUGUGUACCACCCCAAAUAUUUUCAAAGUCCAUUGAGAUAUUGCUUUCAUAUUUUGCAUACUUGUUUACCAUCAUGACCCCAUUCUGUAAACAGGAGCAGACAGCUCUGUCAAGCAUUUUGACUAAAGUAUGGCCCCUUUUCGACUUAGAAUAUGCUUAUUGUAAUGUUAAAUUUGCGUACCACCCCAGAUAUUUUCAAAGUCCAUUGAGAUAUUGCUUUCAUAUUUUGCCUACUUGUUUACCAUCAUGACCCCAGUUUGUAAACAUGAGCAGACAACUCUAUCAAGCACUUUUUAGCUCACCUGUCACAAAGUGACAAGGUGAGCUUUUGUGAUCGCGCGGUGUCCGUCGUCCGUCUGACCGUGCGUGCGUGCGUCCGUCCGUAAACUUUUGCUUGUGACCACUCUAGAGGUCACAUUUUUCACGGGAUCUUUAUGAAAGUUGGUCAGAAUGUUCACCUUGAUGGUAUCUAGGUCAAGUUCGAAACUGGGUCACGUGCCUUCAAAAACUAGGUCAGUAGGGCUAAAAAUAGAAAAACCUUGUGACCUCUCUAGAGGCCAUAUAUUUCACAAGAUCUUCAAGAAAAUUGGUCAGAACGUUCACCUUGAUGAUAUGUAAGUCAGGUUCGAAACUGGGUUACGUGCCAUCAAAAACUAGGUCAGUAGGUCAAAUAAUAGAAAAACCUUAUGACCUCUAGAGAGGCCAUAUAUUUCAUGAGAUCUUCAUGAAAAUUGGUCAGAAUGUUCACCUUGAUGAUAUCUAGGUCAAGUUCGAAAGUGGGUCACGUGCCUUCAAAAACUAGGUCAGUAGGUCAAAUAAUAGAAAAACCUUGUGACCUCUCUAGAGGCCAUAUUUUUCAUGGGAUCUGUAUGAAAAUUGGUCUGAAUGUUCAUCUUGAUGAUAUCUAGGUCAAGUUCGAAAGUGGGUCACGUGCCAUCAAAAACUAGGUCAGAAGGUCAAAUAAUAGAAAAACAUUGUGACCUCUCUAAAGGCCAUAUUUUUCAUGGGAUCUGUAUGAAAAUUGGUCUGAAUGUUCAUCUUGAUGAUAUCUAGGUCAAGUUCGAAAGAGGUUCAUGUACGGUCAAAAACUAGGUCAUUAGGUCUAAAAAUAGAAAAACCUUGUGACCUCUCUAGAGACCAUACUUGUGAAUGGAUCUCCAUAAAAAUUGGUCAGAAUGUUCACCUUGAUGAUAUCUAGGUCAAGUUUGAAACUGGGUCACGUGCCUUAAAAAACUAGGUCAGUAGGUCAAAUAAUAAAAAAACCUUGUGACCUCUCUAGAGGCCAUACUUUUCAUGGGAUCUGUAUGAAAGUUGGUCUGAAUGUUCAUCUUGAUGAUAUCUAGGUCAAGUUUGAAACUAGGUCAGUAGGUCUAAAAUUAUUAAAAUCUUUUGACCUCUCUAGAGACCAUAUUUUUCAAUGGAUCUUCAUGAAAAUUGGUCAGAAUUUUUAUCUUGAUAAUGUCUAGGUCAAGUUCGAAAGUGGGUCACAUGAGCUCAAAAACUAGGUCACUGUGUCAAAUAAUAGAAAAAAACGACGUCAUACUCAAAACUGGGUCAGGUGGGAAGAGGUGAGCGAUUCAGGACCAUCAUGGUCCUCUUGUUCUGAAUUAAGGCCCUUUUUCGACUUAGAAUAUGCUUAUUGUAAUAUUGAAGUUUUUCUCAUUGCUUAUAUUAUACUAUCAAGCACUGAGAAUAGUCGAGCGCGCUGUCCACUGACAACUCUUGUUAUCAAAUACAGGAUUGAGCCUACUGUCUGAAUUUUUAUAAUUAUAGGAUAGAGCUUACUGUCUGAAUUUUUAUAGACCUUACUGUCUAAAUUUUACGCUUGUCUGAACCAAGGGUUCAGGGUUAGCUAUUAGUAUAGACACAUGGUCCGUUGUAAGUUGUCAAAUUUACUUAGUGUUUACAAAUGUUACUUAAACAUCUUCACUGAAACUACUGGUCAGAAUUACACCAAACUGGCAAAUGUGUAAAUGCGCAAACUUUUCCUUGUGACAUCUCUAGAGGUCACAGUUUUCAUGGGAUCUUUAUGAAAGUUGGUCAGAAUGUUCACCUUGAUGAUAUCUAGGUCAAGUUAGAAACUAGGUCACGUUCGGCCAAAAACUAGGUCAGUAGGUCUAAAAAUAGAAAAACCUUGUGACCUCUCUAGAGUCCAUAUAUUUCACAAGAUCUUCAUGAAAAUUUGUCAGAAUGUUCACCUUGAUGAUAUCUAAGUCAGGUUCGAAACUGGGUUACGUGCCAUCAAAAACUAGGUCAGUAGGUCAAAUAAUAGAAAAACCUUGUGACCUCUAGAGAGGUCACAUUUUUCAUGGGAUCUGUAUGAAAGUUUGUCUGAAUAUUCAUCUUGAUGAUAUCUAGGUCAAGUUCGAAACUGGGUCAACUGCGGUCAAAAACUAGGUCAGUAGGUCUAAAAAUAGAAACACCUUUUGACCACUUUAGAGGCCAUAUUUUUCAAUGGAUGUUCAUGAAAAUUUGUCUGAAUGUUCACCAUGAUAAUAUCUAGAUAAUAUUUGAAACUGGGUCACGUGUGGUCAAAACUAGAUCAGUUGGUAUAAAAAUAGAAAAACAUUGUGACCUCUCUAGAGGCCAUACUCUUCAUAAGAUCUUCAUGAAAAUUGGUGAGAAUGUUCAUCUUGAUAAUAUCUAGGUCAGGUUCAAAACUGGGUCAUGUGCCUUCAAAAACUAGGUGAUUAGGUCAAAUAAUAGAAAAACCUUGUGACUUCCCUAGAAGCCAUAUUUUUCAAUGGAUCUUCAUGAAAAUUGGGUCAUGUGGAGAAGGUGAGCGAUUCAGGACCAUCAUGGUCCUCUUGUUAUCAAAAAGUAGUCUCUUUGUCCCAUUUAAGAGCCGCUAGAGCUGAAAAUAAAAAUACCUGUAAAUGACUUCUUUCCAUGAACCAUAUAUUGAAAUUACUUCUUCUGAUGAACUGAUUAAUCGAUGUUCAUGAAAUUUGGUCUGUAGCAUCAUUAUAAGGUUAAGGUUAUAAAUUGAUUAUUAAGGGUAAGGUAUAACAUCAUCCCUCAAAUUUGUCAACAACACCUUUCUAGAGCAACAAUCUACUUUGAAAAAUAUUGUUUAGAGAAAAAAAUCCAAGUUUAGGAAUUCUGUAAGAAUUUGACUCGUCUCUACAUCAAAUACAGUUUCAUAAGGCCAAUGGUCUUGGUUUUAAUUCUGAGAUCGAGGCUGUACUAUAGUAUAGUUAGCCUCUUGUCAAAGAUGCCUGGAUUUCGCGACAAGAGAGAUCUACUUGCUAUGCAGUCACGAAGUCACCGUAUUGUAUGAAGUCACAGGUUACCUACUGUUUGUAUUAACUUUGAAGGUAAAUGACGAACUGUUGUACUACUGUUAACUGUAAAUCUCGUCAACCAUUCAUAAAUGUUUUAGUAUCAGUCACAUAAUACAUUUACAAAAAAAUAAGAGAUAAUGUUACGAAAGCCAGUGGAUGGUUACACCUUCAUCCAUAGUCCAUUCUUGGUUUAUCACAGCCCAUAUUUCACAAUUCCGAAUUAUCCAUGAAUGCCCUAGAAAACUGAAUUGUGCUUAGACUACAGCUACUGUUACUUUCAAUGAUUUUGACUGAAGUGUGGCCCAAUUUUAACUUAAAAAUCCUGGUUAAGUUUUUCGUACCAGUUCAUAUUUUGUGUAAACUGUUUAACAUAUGGUUUUUGAAACUUUUAUCACUUUAAUCACUUUAAACAGUCUGUGUCUAUAGGAAUGAGCACAUAAAUCUAUCAGGUAUUUUGGCUUAAUUAUAGCCUUUUUGGACUUGCAAAUUGGUUCAGUUUUUGUAAAAGUCAAUGUUUUGUAAAAACUAUCUGACAUGUGGCUUUGAAACUUUGAAAAUUUGUUAAUCGUCAUGCACUCCAUCUGCAACUAUAGCAAAGAUAUUUGGCUGAAUUUGGACUUGAAAAUCAUUUCAGUUUUUCGUACAAGUCCACUUGUCUAAAAUGUUUUACAUAUGGCUUUGCAGGGGUCAAAUUUAGCAACAUUUUCUACUAUCUAAAAGUAGCUAGUGCACUUUUUGUUCACUAGGUAAAAUGAAAAACUACCAGCUAAUGUUAAACAAUAAUAUUUAAUUGCUUUAUUAAUAUUUUACUGGCCAAAACUUACUGUAAGCAGCCAGUCACAAAAAAAAUAAAUCUAUUAGCUUAAAAUAGUAAGUGCCAUUUUCAUCCACUUACAAACUAAAGUCAAAGCCUUCCAUGUUAACUUGAUGCAAGCUGCAAUCAUGCAUUAUAUUAGAGUUUUGUUGAACAAUAUAAUAUCAUUUAUAAACAUAAAAUGAUAGCAUUCUUUUCAUGAAGAAAAAUGUGCACCUGCAGAACAAACUUUAUUAAAGUUCUAAAGACAUUUGCUUGGUAUAUUAUUGACUAGCGAAAAUUAGCUAGUACAUUUUAAAGCCACUGGCUAUUCUCAAAUUACAGUACCAUUUAGCUUGUAUGCUUGUCUAAAUUUGAACACUGCUUUGAGACUGACCACUUGUUUACCAUCAUUGUCUCCAUAUGCAGGCAAACUGCAUAACUUAGACAUAUAUUUUGGAUCAGUAAUGGCCCUUUUUCAGUAUAGAAAUUAAUUAAGUUUCGUUUAACAUUCCAUAUUUUGUCUCAAUUGUUCGAUAUAUGGCUUUGAAGCUUUUAACACUUGCUUUCCAUCAUGGUUUUUAGCUCGACUGUUCAUAGAGUAGUAGAGCUAUUGGACUCGCCAAUGCGUCGGCGUCGGCGUCCCGAUUUGGUUAAGUUUUUGUAUGUAAGCUGGUAUCCCAGCAACCACUUGUGGGAAUGGAUUGAAACUUCACACACUUAUUCACUGUGAUAAACUGACCUACAUUGCACAGGUUUCAUAACUCUAUUUUGCUUUUUUACAAAAUUAUGCCCAUUUUUCGACUUAGAAAUUUUUGGUUAAGGUUUUGUAUGUAAGCUGGUAUCUCAGUAACCACUUGUGGGAAUGGAUUGAAACUUCACACACUUAUUUACUGUGAUAAACUGACUUACAUUGCAGAGGUUCCGUAACUUUGUUUUGCUUUUUUACAAAAUUAUGCCCCUUUUUCGACUUAGAAUUUUUUGACUAAGGUUUUGUGUGUAAGCUGGUAUCUCAGUAUUCACUAAUUGGAAUGGAUUGAAACUUCACACACUUGUUCACUGUCAUGAUCUGACAUGCACAAAGCAGGUCCCAUAACUUUAUUUUGCCUUUUUUCAAAAUUAUGCCCCUUUUUCAACAUAGAAAUUUUUGGUUAAGCUGGUAUCUCAGUAUCCACUAAUAGGAAAGGAUUGAAAUUGCACACACUUAUUCACUGUCAUGAUAUGACGAGCAAUGCAAAGGGUCAAUAACUCAACUUCGCAUUUUACAAAAUUAUGCCCCUUUUUCGACUUAGGAGUUUUUGGUUAAAUUCCUAUUAUGUAAGCUGGUAUCUUAGUACCCACUAAUGGGAAUGGAUUGAAACUUCACACACUUGUCUACUGUCAUGAGCUGAUAAGCACUAUGCAGGUCCCAUAACCCUAUUUUGCUUUUUUACCAAAUUAUGUCCCUUUUUCGACUUUCGUAUUCAUUCAGUCGACAAGGCUGUUGAAUAGUCGAGCAUUGCUGUCCUCCGACAGCUCUUGUUAUGUGUAGGCCAGAGUACACAACUUUUCUACUCGCAUUCUUUUUUAGCUAGACCAUUUAAAAAUAACUACGAAUCAAUACUUACAUCAAUUCUUCCAAUAUUCGAGUGCGCUGUCAACAGACAGCUCUAGUUUUGUUUCUCUUUCCUUCUUUGGUUUGACAGUAUGGUGGUUUUCUGUUGUCAUUUCCUGAUAACAUUAAUUUUAAUAUAAUUUUAAUUUUUAAUAGUAAUUUGGUCUUUCUGAUUUGUUACUUAAUGUUUAUACUAUAAAUGCAUGUUAUGAAAAUAAACACACCUGGCAUCCCCAGACAUUGUC